CCUCCAGCUCCCGGCCCUUCCCCUUUCCUGGUGUCUCCCCUUCUUGCCUGCAUGUCCCUCUCCGUCCCCCUCUCCCCGCCCUCCCUCCUCUCUCUCUGCCUUUCUCUGUGCCUCUGACACACACCACAGUUUAAAUAUGGAUGAAUCCCUCAGCACAUCGCUUUCUGUGCUCUGAGAAACAAAGGUUUCUGCGUGUUGGAAACUGACUUUUUUUUUCCAAGCACGUGACCGCCAGCCCCUCGGUUGUCUGCUGAUGUGCGAAGCCGUGUGGGGGCUGACCCAGACUGGUGGCUCGUGCGGCAGUGUUUCCGCCGAGUGACAGGUGUGUCCGUCUGUCUGCUCUCCCCGCAGAUGAAAUCAUGCACCAGGACAUCACCCCGCUCUGCGCUGCCGACAUCCAGGACCAGCUGAGGAAGCGCUUUGCUUACCUGUCUGGUGGGCGGGGGCAGGACGGCAGCCCCGUCAUCACCUUCCCGGACUACCCGGCCUUCAGCGAAGUGCCCGACAAGGAGUUCCAGAAUGUCAUGACCUAUCUCACCAGCAUCCCCAGCUUGCAAGAUGCUGGCAUCGGAUUCAUCCUGGUCAUAGACCGAAGGCAGGACAAAUGGACCUCCGUGAAGGCGUCAGUCCUGCGAAUAGCAGCAUCCUUCCCGGCAAACCUCCAGCUCGUCCUUGUUCUGCGACCAACAGGAUUUUUCCAAAGGACUCUCUCUGACCUCGCUUUCAAAUUCAACAGAGAUGACUUUAAGAUGAAGGUUCCAGUCAUAAUGCUGAGCUCAGUACCAGAAUUACACGGUUACAUCGACAAGUCCCAGUUGACCGAGGACCUGGGCGGGACCCUGGAUUACUGCCACACCAGGUGGUUGUGUCACCGCACGGCCAUCGAAAGUUUCGCCCUCAUGGUUAAGCAGACGGCCCAGAUGCUGCAGUCCUUCGGGACCGAGCUGGCCGAAACGGAACUGCCCAACGACGUCCAAUCGACGAGCUCGGUGCUCUGUGCACACACGGAGAAGAAAGACAAAGCAAAGGAGGACAUGAGGCUGGCGCUGGACGAGGGGCAGAGCAUCCUGGAGAGCAUCAGGGAGCCUCUGUCCAAGAGCCCGGAGCAGAGCCUGAACCAGGACCAGCUGGACAACCAGACCACCGUGCAGAGGCUCCUGGCCCAGCUGAAUGAAACUGAGGCUGCCUUUGAUGAGUUUUGGGCAAAGCAUCAGCAAAAACUCGAACAGUGUCUGCAGCUCCGGCAUUUUGAGCAGGAUUUCCGGGAGGUCAAGGCCGCCUUAGACGUGUUGGCUCAGAAGAUAGCGACCUUCACGGACGUGGGCAACAGCCUGGCACACGUGGAGCACCUCCUGAAGGACCUUGCCAGCUUCGAGGAGAAGUCCAGCGCGGCGGUGGCGCAGGCUCGCACCCUGUCCCUGGACGGGGAGCAGCUCAUCGACAACAAGCACUACGCCGUGGACUCCAUCCGCCCCAAGUGCCACGAACUCCAGCACCUCUGCGACCAGCUUGCCGCCGAGGUCGCGCAGAGGAGGGGUCUGCUCAACAAGUCCCUGGAGCUGCACGGCCUCCUGGAGGCGUCCAUGAAAUGGUGCGAUGAGGGGAUUUACUUGCUGGCCUCGCAGCCCGUGGACAAGUGCCAAUCCCAGGAUGGUGCGGAGGCAGCCCUCCAAGAAAUUGAGAAGUUUUUGGAGACCGGUGCAGAAAAUAAGAUCCAGGAGCUCAAUAAAAUUUACCAGGACUACGAACCCAUCCUCACCCAAGACCUGAUGGAACACGUACAGAAGGUCUUCCAGAAGCAAGAGAGUAUGGAAGAGAUGUUUCACCGGAGGCAGGCGAGCCUGAAGAAGCUGGCGGCCAAGCAGACGAGGCCCGUGCAGCCCGUGGCCCCCCGGCCCGAGGCGCUCACGAAGUCGCCCUGCCCCUCCCCAGGUGUCCGGAGAGGUUCUGAGAACAACAGUUCUGAGGGCAACGCACUCCGGAGAGGGCCCUACCGGAGGGCCAAGAGUGAAAUGAGUGAGAGCCGGCAGGGCCGGAGCAGCUCCACGGGGGACGAGGAGGAAAGCCUGGCCAUCUUGCGGAGGCACGUGAUGAACGAGCUGCUUGACACGGAGCGGGUCUACGUGGAGGAGCUGCUCUGUGUCCUGGAGGGCUACGCUGCCGAGAUGGACAAUCCACUGAUGACGCAUCUCAUCUCAGCCGGCCUUCAAAACAAGAAGGACGUCUUAUUCGGAAACAUGGAAGAAAUCUACCACUUUCAUAACAGAAUAUUCCUGAGGGAGCUAGAAAACUACAUAGACUGCCCAGAGCUGGUUGGAAGGUGUUUUCUAGAAAGGAUGGAGGAGUUCCAGAUCUACGAGAAGUACUGUCAGAACAAGCCCCGCUCCGAGAGCCUGUGGAGGCAGUGCUCUGACUGCCCGUUCUUCCAGGAAUGCCAGAAGAAACUGGACCACAAGCUGAGCCUGGACUCCUACCUGCUGAAGCCAGUCCAGAGGAUCACCAAAUACCAGCUGCUCCUCAAGGAAAUGUUGAAAUACAGCAAGAGCUGCGAGGGGGCUGAGGACCUGCAGGAGGCGCUGAGCUCCAUCCUGGGCAUCCUCAAGGCCGUGAAUGACUCCAUGCACCUCAUCGCCAUCACAGGCUAUGACGGGAACCUGAGCGACCUGGGCAAGCUGCUGAUGCAGGGCUCCUUCAGUGUCUGGACGGACCACAAGAAGGGCCACGCCAAGGUGAAGGACCUGGCCAGGUUCAAGCCCAUGCAGCGACACCUGUUCCUGCACGAGAAGGCCGUGCUCUUCUGCAAGAAGCGGGAGGAGAACGGGGAAGGGUACGAGAAGGCCCCGUCCUACAGCUACAAGCAGUCCUUAAAUAUGGCAGCUGUUGGCAUCACAGAGAACGUGAAAGGGGAUGUGAAGAAGUUUGAGAUCUGGUACAACGCCAGGGAGGAAGUUUACAUCAUACAGGCACCGACUCCUGAGAUUAAAGCAGCGUGGGUGAAUGAGAUCCGCAAGGUGCUGACCAGCCAGCUGCAGGCUUGUCGAGAGGCCAGCCAGCACAGGGCGCUGGAGCAGUCCCAGAGCCUGCCUCUGCCAGCAUCGUCCAACACGAGUCCUUCGAAAGGGAAUGCAAGAAACGUCAAAAAGUUGGAAGAAAGAAAAACUGACCCCCUCAGCCUGGAAGGAUAUGUGAGCUCAACGACAUUGCCAAAGCCCCCUGAAAAGGGCAAAGCUUCUCCUACCAGUCCUGACAAAAAAGCUAAGCGACAUGAAGUUAAGAGCGAUCCAACGCCUUUUGGGUUACGAGGUUGGAGCAAAACAUCUCACCCAUUGGAGGCCCCUGAGGACAACGACGGCUGGUCGAGUGCUGAGGAGCCGAUUAAUUCCUCAGAUGCGGAGGAAGAAGGCGGAGUGGGCCCCAGGAAGCUGGUUCCAGGGAAGUACACCGUGGUGGUGGACGACGAGAAGGGAAGCCCCAACACGCUGGCCGUGAGAAGCGGAGACGUGGUGGAGGUGGUCCAGGAGGGCGAGGAGGGCCUUUGGUAUGUCAGGAACCUGACCUCCAGCAAGGAGGGCUGGGUGCCGGCCAGCAGCCUGUCCAUGCUCCUCGGCAAGUCCAGCUCGGCGCAGUGCUUGAGCAGCCCAGAGUCCAGCGCAGGGUCCGCUCUGCUGAGCAACUCCUCCAGCUGCAGCGAGAGCUGCGGCGCCCCCCUCUCUGACCUGCAGGGGUAGCACCCGCCGGGCCCCCCGGUGCAGGAGGCCAGCCUGCGGACCCCUAAGUUUUCCUUUGCUUGGGCUUGCCUAGUUUGGUGAGGGGACGGUGCUCUAAGACGCCCUGGACAAGGAGGACCCUGACAAGACCCGGUCGAGGAGCUGCCGCUGCCCACGGAACCUCGUGGUGCAGGACGUGGGGACAUGCAGAGCAAAGGCUCAGGAAGAGUCUGCCCUCCAGCCUCCACGCCAGGAUCCCCUCCCAGGGCACAGGCCCCGGCUCCCAGGGGAAGACCAGAACACCAAGCUUCCUGGGAAAAUCGGAAAGUCUGGGGGUGCUGCAGGCCAACAGACCACCUGUGAAGAAGGGCUCCGAGAAGGGGCCACCCCUUCCGGCCUCCGCCAGGCAGCCAGGGAGGAGCCGGUCCCCACCGCUCUGCUUCGGUUUCUGACAUUUCUGGUCCGGUGCUUUCGCGGGGAUGUGCAUACUAUGGGGCUGCUUCCAAAAGCCGUCACUGAUUCACUGACCCAACAGCUUGAAGAGAGAGGGGGUAGGGGGGACUUUUUUGUCUUUUACACAUUUUUUUUAAAGCAGGGACGAAUCCCACGGCCAUUUUUCAUGGUACUUUGGCCUCUGAUCUUUACCAAGAAUCACUGUGUUUACAUGAAAUGACAAUUUGAUACCGCAUUUGAUAUGAAACUAUUUUUUUGUUACUGGGGUUUACAUGGCAGCACGUUGUACAUGCCGCAGAAUGGUUUGGGGGACUCUCUCGUGGAAAUUGACGGCAGCCUCUGAAGCCCACCUGGUAGCAGGUGAAUGAAACUAUGUCCCUUGAUAAAAUCAGGCAGCAUUUCUACACACGAAAGCAAUUAGAAACCAAGGAAAUGUCUUUACCUGUGUAGUUAAUUUUCGAAAGGACAUUUAAACUAUAAUUUAAAAUACUAACCUUCUUUUCUACAAAAAAAAAAAAGUGGGGACUCUUGAUUUUUUUUUUAACAAGCUUCACUGAAUUAGGAUUUUUAAAUUGUUUUUAAAAAAAUACAUAAAGAUGCAUUUUCUGCAGGGUAUCAUCUGAACCAAUGAUGUCAUAUGUAGCUUAGUGCAAACCUGAGCUCGACUCGCCUCUGCCUCUUCCAACCUCCUCCACCUGCACACGGAGUAAAAUCGCCCUGCGUGUUCUGUAUAAAAUCACCCGGAGUAUAGAAAUUUAAAGGUGCAGAGUUUAUUUUAUUCCAAUCAAAGCAGAACUGGAAAGAAAACUCUUCUGUUUUACCUUUUUUGUGUGUCUCAGAAACACCUUCUGUUCUUUGGAAACACGCUCUGUAUCGGCUGGGGCAGAUAUUUUUAUAUGUGUGUAUAUAUGUCGAUGCGUGUACAUAUGUAUCCAAUGUAAGGGAUGUAUUUAUAGCCUCCAUGCUGCUGGAAAUUGUCACUUUACAGCCCUCCCUGAGCCCGGGCCCUGCCGUAGCGAGGCCGACAGGCCUCCUCCCACCACCAUGGGCAAGGCCUCAUCGCCAGCCAGGCCUUGGAGUGUGGUAAUAAACCAGUAAAUGUGCAAGACCUGGCAGCUUUUCUUCUGGUGUAUAAAUUAUUUGGAAAAAAAAAUGAUGUGUCUCAUAAUUUAAUUAAUAUAUUGAUUGUUCAGACACCGUUCCUGCCAUCUCAGCCCGGGAUUGCCCACCAUUUUUUGUGAUCGCUUCCUCAUAAAGGCACUUUAAAACCUCA